ACCUCAUGAAGACAUGCGUCAUCACGGCGCGACUCUUGGUCCGCGUACACAACUGUAGAAGCAUGGCUGCAAGCACAAGUUUGCAGAAGGCUACAAAAUUGCAGUCUUUGAAUGGCGUAUUUGCUGUGUAUAAAAAGGAAGGACCCACAUCCGCAGACGUUCUGAAUACGCUAAAAUUAAAGCUUUUAGAAGAGGCAGGCAUGGAGCAGAAUCUUAAAAGAAAAAAACAGAUACUGAAAGUUGGACAUGGAGGGACACUGGAUAAUUCUGCAUCUGGUGUACUAGUUGUUGGAAUUGGUAAAGGAACAAAAAUGCUAAGCAACAUGCUAAAAGGCUCAAAGAAAUAUACAACAGUUGGUGAAUUUGGAAAAACUACAGACACAUUAGACGCUACAGGCAAAGUAACAGAAGAACUCUCAUAUGAUCACAUUAAAAAGGACGACUUAAUAAAGAUUUUGAAGAAGUUUUCUGGUAACAUAAUGCAAGUUCCACCUUUAUACUCUGCACUAAAAAAAGAUGGGCAGAGACUUUCUGUUUUGGUGAAGAAAGGACUUCCUGUAGAAGCCAAACCAGCAAGGCCCGUUAUGGUUUUUAAUCUUGAGUUGCAAAAUUUCAGCUUGCCCCUAUUCACACUUGAUAUUGAAUGUGGUGGCGGCUUUUAUGUAAGGAGUUUAGUCAGUGACAUUGGCAAAGAGCUAUCUUCUUGUGCACAUGUGAAAAAUUUAAUCAGAACCAAACAAGGUCCUUUUACACUUGAGGAACAUGCACUUCAUGAAGAUAAGUGGACAAUAGAUGCCAUUGCAGAAUCCAUUCAAGCUGGCAUUCCACUUUUAACUGAAGAAUCUUCUGCAAAGAAAAUUAAAUUAGAUACAACAAGUGAUAUUCCACAGUCUGAUGAAUCUAAUGUAGACCGUGAAGGCACUAAAAAUAUUGAAGGAAAAGUUGAAACUUAAGAACUUUGAAGGCGAAAGUGAACAUCGAUCAAGCUAUUAUAUUAGGAGACUGUGCAGUAUAAAGUAAUGUGUGGCCCAUGUUACAUUUCCUCUGCCUUCUAAGACUACUAGGCCGGUUGACUUCAUAAUUAUGCCAUUUGUGACUACGAGAAAUAUUUUUUUUGUUAGCCUUCAACUUUUUUCAUUUUGAACUAUAAAUAGCCAUAUGUGGUACCCAUGAUGGGUAUUUUUGUUUCAUUAAAAACUAUUAAUAACAAAAAAGUGAAUGUUACCAGUUAUACGGAUUAGUAAUUAAUUCAUUACAAUUUUUUUUAAAUGUAUAAAAUUGUGAACAGUAUGGAGUAACGUUUGUAAUGUACAUUUGAUAUCUUAUGGUUAAUGUCCUUAAACUCUCACAGUAAGUAGAUAUUUUGAUUUUCAUUGAAACUAUUUAAAAGCCUCUGUUUAUAAUAUAUGAUGAUUUCCAAAAAUUACAAAGUUGUAUGUUAUUCAGAAUAUCAUGUUUUUAAAAAUAAGACAAUUGUUUGUAUAACAAAGAUAAGAAUAUCAUCCCCAGGUUAAUAGAGACCAGCAGUCAUCCUAAAUAAUUAGUGUAGAUUAAAUGUUACUGUAUACAUCCCUUUCAACUGUAUUUUUUAUUUUUUUUUAGUUUGUCACAGAAAAACUAUUCUUUACAUUGAUCUAGCAUAUAUAGUUAAUUUUGAACUUUUUCAGUAAAUAUUUACAUAUAAACAGGUAUACUUAGUGUUUUGCUAUACAUAAUGUAAUAUUCUUAUUUAUAUUAUGCUUUUUUAGUUAAAUGGAUUUUACUAAUUUAAGAUUUCAUUAUACAAAUCUUCAUCUGAAAUUGUUAUAUCUAGCUUUGUUUCUAUUUAAAAGAUAAAAUAAUGCAUGUAUGAAAAAUGAGAUUCCUUGAAUUUUUGAAUGUCAUGCAAAUUUAAUUCAGAUAUUACAGAUAUAACAUAGAGGUAUGAUGGUUGUGUUGGUCAUGUGAAUCUACCUGACAAAUCUGUUAGCUGGAGCUAAAAAGCAUGCAUAGUUGUGGAAAAAAAAAAGAAAAAGUGGAGACAAUUUUCAAGGACCAAAACUAUUUAUUUUUUCAUAUCUACACACAGAUUUAAGAAUACACAGUACAUUACAAACUUUACUCAGUUCUGUCAGUUUUGGGGCUAAAUGAAAUAUAAAACAAGUGAAAACAAUCAAGUAAGUUAAUCAAUUAAUCAAUUAAUUCUAAUCAAGUGUAAGUGCUUUCUUGUAUUGAAUAUGAGUUUUCAUGUAAUUUUAAUGAGAUUAACAGUUGAAAGAAAUACAAACUUAACAGUUAUUUUUCAGUUUUGAGUCUGUUCAUGAAAUAUAUUAACUUUAUAAACGACAAGCUGCGCUACCUGGCUUCACCCUGGAAAUUUUCUAAGUCACUAGGCCUCAGUUUUAACCCCAUUGAUUCGUCAGAUAUAUCAGAAAUACUGUGUAACUAAGCAUUUUUCUGUCAAAAAAUAUCUAGACUUUUUUAAUCGUGGCUAAGAUAUUUAGUUCACUUGAGUGGCUUACUGUUGAACAAGCUACAUACAGUCCUUGGUGGUUUUGGUGUGAAGAGAUUGCGACAGAACUCUGUAUUAAAGCAGUACUUCAAUAAUCUUGCAAGGGUGCCUUAAAGUUGAAUCAUUCAGAGCUGAAAACUGCUUAAUACUUCGACUCUGAUAGCAUCAAAGGUUAAAAUUAGUACUGCCUCGGUAAUGAGUGGAUUUGAAUUAAAAAAAAAA